AUUCAUGGUUUUCUGGAAAUGGUCUUCUGUACCUUUUGUUUUGUGAAAUGAGUGUUUAAAGAUAAUGUGACAAGCAGAUUUCAGCCAAAUGUAUCAUUUUCUUCUUCUUCUUCUUCUUUUUUAAAUUAAGGAAAUGGGUCCUAUUCAACUGCGCCCUGGUCUGUACAAAAAAAUUGUUUCCUCUCUCUCUCUCCCUCUCUCUCUCCAUCUCUUCCCCAUGCCGCUUUGCUUAGUUUUGUACUGCAACUGAUCAAAAAAGCGUGAGAGCGAGUGCUCAGAGACUCAGAGUCGCAAGUGAGGAGACAAGUGAGAAGAAGGAGAAGAAGAAGGAAGCUGAGGUCACCGCAAGGAUGCCUAGACCUGGCCCAAGACCUUACGAAUGUGUUAGGAAAGCUUGGCACAGUGAGAGACACCAACCCAUUAGAGGUUCUCUUAUCCAAGAUAUUUUCAGAGUUGUGAACGAGAUUCAUAGCUCAUCUACUAAGAAGAACAAGGAAUGGCAAGAGAAGCUUCCUGUUGUUGUCCUGAAAGCUGAAGAAAUCAUGUACUCCAAGGCCAACUCUGAGGCAGAGUACAUGGAUCUUGAAACGCUUCUGGACCGUACAAACGAUGCUAUCAACACAAUAAUCAGACUUGAUGAGAGUACUGAAACUGGAGACCUACUGCAGCCAUGCAUUGAAGCUGCCCUUACUCUCGGCUGCACGCCAAGAAGAGCCUCGAGGAGCCAAAGGAACAAUAGCCCUCAGCGAUAUCUGAGCGUGAAUUAUCAGGAACAGACAGGUGAUCCUCAUGGCAUUAUGGAGAAGGCUAGUCCAGGAAAUCAGACUAUUACUUCAGACCCAGUUUUGUUGUAUCCAAAUCAUUCGAGACUUGGGUCAAUUAAUUCAGCUAAACCGAACUAUACAUCUUUUAUCCAUAAUGUGGACCGGGCGUCACCCGCUCAAGUUCACCCUGCAUUAAAAUCAUACUCGGUUUAUCCCUUGUAUUAUCAAGGCAGUCGCCCACAACCCAAAACAAAUCCAUCCCAUUUUGGACCACUGUGCUCCCGCUCCAACACCAUGAGAAAUUUUCGAAGCUACCCAGUUGAAAACUUAGAUGCAUCAACGAUAUUCAAGCCGCCACCCGAGAUCGUGUGCGAUCUGUCUUUGCGAUUGGGCCCUCAUUUGGUCGAAGGUAUUGGCACCGAAAAAAGUCAACCUCAAGAGAUUGUAGACAUGGGCUGUGAUGGUGCUCGGGAAGCAAGCACAUUAUGUGACCAAAGACAGGGAAGAGAUUGCCAAUUUCCAUUCUUACAGCGGGAAAAUGCGGAUCAUUCAUCUUCCAUGUUCUCGACCAAAAGGAGUUUCCAGCAUGAGCAAUUGAAAGGAGACCAGCCUGUGAGAAAGAAGAGUGCUCUUUGUGGUUAUUAUGUGGAGGAUCACCAGUGUCGUUGGCAACCAAAGCAUCCACUUAAGCAUAACAAUGAAACAUUGAGAAGCUCAGGUUUGUAGAUCCAUCAUGCUUGGUGUAUGCAGCUGAAAUCUUCUGCGAAGAGCUAGCUUAAUGUGUGGUUGCAAAUGAACCUGCUAGUUUCGGUAGGAUCAGUAGUGCUAAUGUGUAUACUGAACUUGGUUUUUGGGUAGGCUCCUGACUAAGCAUUUGGUUGUACAAAAUUAGCAUGCAUUAGUCAUGCAACCUUAGUGAACAAAUCUGAUGAUAUGUCUUCUGAUGA